GACGCGUACAGACUGAUUUAUAGACUCCUCCUUAUUAAGCGCUGGUUUUGGACGCACGGGAGCGACGCGCUCAGUGUCUCGCAUCGCUUUGGGGAAACCGGGACUACGGCGCAACAUGUAUCCAGCGCGGCGCGGGCGAACGCGUGCUGCGGACUCACAGACGUGUCGGAGCAUCAUGUCAAGGCGUGCGUUAAUUCUGAAGUGGAGCGCCGGAUGGAUUCUGAUGUUUUCAUUCAUCACUAACACUUGGGCGCAAGACGAUGUCCCACCCUACUUCAAGAUGGAGCCGGUGGCAACCCAAAUCCACCUGGAAGGGAACCGGUUGGUUCUCACCUGCAUGGCUGAGGGCAGCUGGCCUCUAGAGUUUAAAUGGCUUUACAACGGUACCGAGUUGACACGUUUCUCCCUGGAGUACAGGUAUGUAAUUCCGUCACUGGAUCGCUCCCAUGCAGGCUUCUACAGAUGCAUCGUCAGGAACAGGGUGGGAGCUCUGAUGCAGAGGAGUUCACAAGUCCAGGUCGCCUACAUGGAAGGCUUUGUGGAGGGAGAACGGUCUCAGGUGGUGUCCCAGGGGGAGGCGGCCUUGAUCUCCCCCCCACAAAUCCACAGCUUCCCGCGGCCCGGGAUCACAUGGUUCAGAGACGGGCGCAAGAUCCCCCCCAGCAGCCGCAUAGCCCUCACUUUGGACAACACUCUUGUCAUUUUGUCCGCCGUGGCCCCUGACGCGGGCCGGUACUACGCCCAGGCUGUCAACGACAAGAACGGAGAGAACAAGACCAGCCAGCCCAUCAUCCUGAAUGUAGAAAACGUUGGCGGCCCAGCAGACCCCAUCGCUCCUUCUAUUAUAAUCCCUCCGAGGAACACCAGUGUGAUGGUGGGCACGUUUGAGGUCACACUGGAGUGCGUGGCCAAUGCAAGGCCUCUCAUUAAGCUCAGCAUUACAUGGCGGAAAAAUGGAGUGCUGGUAAACCGAGGCCUCCGGGACUUUGGCCGCCGUCUGACUAUCAGCGGUCCUUUGGUCAGUGACAGCGGCUACUACGAAUGUGAAGCCUCCCUCCGGAGCAGUAGCGCCCCCUCUGUCAGCGCUGGAGCAUAUCUGCACGUCCUAGAACAUCCCCAGUUUGUGAAGGAGCCCGACAGACACAUUACUGCUGAGAUGGAGAAGGUGGUAGACAUCCCAUGCCAAGCUCGCGGUGUUCCUCAGCCAGAUAUAGUGUGGUAUAAGGAUGCUGUACCCAUAAGCCCCGUGAAGACACCUCGUUACAGAGUCCUGGUGGGCGGCAGUCUGCAGAUAAAUGGACUGCUCCCGGACGACACCGGAAUGUUCCAGUGCUUCGCUCGCAACUUAGCGGGAGAGAUCCAGACGAACACGUACCUUGCUGUCACCAGUAUCGCCCCAAACAUCACGGCCGGCCCUUCUGACAGCGCUGUGAUUGAUGGCAUGUCCAUCAUUUUACACUGUGAAACCUCAGGGGCCCCGCGGCCCGCAAUCACAUGGCAGAAAGCUGAUCGGGUUCUGGCAAGCGGCUCCGUGCAGUUGCCGCGUUUCACUUUGCUGGAGUCUGGCAGUCUUCUGAUCAGUCCCUCUCACCUGUCUGAUGCUGGAUCCUACACCUGCAUGGCCAGUAACUCCCGCGGCAUUGAUGAAGCCUCAGCUGAUCUGGUGGUGUGGGCUCGGACGCGGAUCACUAAUCCACCGCAGGACCAAAGCGUGAUCAAGGGCACAAAAGCAGCCAUGACCUGCGGGGUGACCCAUGACCCCAGCGUUACAGUCAGGCACAUCUGGGAGAAAGGAGGAGCGGCUAUUGACGUGAAAUCGAGCCCUCGCUUGCGACUCGACUCCAACGGCACCCUGCAUAUAUCUCAGACCUGGUCAGGAGACAUUGGGACCUACACAUGUAAAGUCACAUCUGUGGGAGGCAAUGAUUCUCGCAGCGCUCACCUGAGAGUCAGGCAGUUGCCUCAUGCUCCAGAGAACCUCAUCGCCACCCUCAGCAGCUCAGAGAGACGAACCAUCAACCUGACCUGGGCCCAGGCCUUUGACGGGAACAGCCCGCUCAUCCGUUACAUCCUGGAGGUGUCAGAGAACAAUGCACCUUGGACUGUGCUCUUGGCCAACAUCGAUCCAGAAGCCUCCAGCGUGAUCGUGGGGGGCCUCAUCCCGGCACGUUCUUACCAGUUUCGCCUGUGUGCCGUCAACGACGUGGGGAAGGGCCAGUUCAGCAGGGAGACAGUGCGAGUAUCAUUACCCGAGGAGCCCCCCAGCGCCCCUCCUCAGACAGUGAUAGCCAGUGGCCGAACCAACCAGUCCAUCAUGAUCCAGUGGCAGCCUCCCCCUGAGAGCCACCAAAACGGGCCGCUUCAAGGCUACAUCAUCAGGUACUGUCUGUCUGGAUUACCGGUGGACUGUCAGAUGAAGAACAUCACCAACCCAGACCAAACGAAUCUCCUGCUGGAAGACCUCAUCAUUUGGACCAACUACGAGAUUGAGGUGGCUGCUUAUAAUGGGGCGGGCCAGGGCGUCUACAGCCCCAAAGUCACAGAAUGGACCCUGCAAGGCGUGCCCACAGUCCCACCAGGGAAUGUCCAGGCGGAGGCUGUCAACUCCACCACAGUCCGCUUCACGUGGAGUGCUCCAAGCCCACAGUUCAUCAACGGAAUCAACCAGGGAUACAAGCUGUUGGCAUGGGAACCAGGCCACGAGGAAGAUGUUACCUUGGUUACUGUGAGACCCAAUUUUCAAGACAGUGUUCAUGUAGGUUACAUCGCUGGAUUGAAGAAGUUCACGGAGUACUUCACCUGCGUGUUGUGCUUCACUACUCCAGGUGAUGGCCCUCGUAGCACUCCGCUGCGCAUUCGCACCCAUGAAGACACUCCUGGACCUGUAGGUCACCUGAGCUUCACAGAAAUCCUGGACACGUCUCUCAAAGUCAGCUGGAAAGAUCCGCCAGAGAAGAACGGCAUGCUCACAGGGUAUCGCAUUUCCUGGGAGGAAUUCAACAGAACAAACACUCGCGUCACGCAUUACUUGCCCAACAUGACACAGGAGUACCGUGUCACCGGACUGACUGCUCUCACUACCUACACCAUUCAGGUGGCCGGUAUGACUUCCAAAGGUCAAGGUCAGCUGUCGUCCUCCACCAUUUCCUCUGGUGUGCCACCAGAGAUGCCUGGACCUCCUACCAACAUUGCCAUCUCUAACAUCAGCCCGCGUUCAGUAACCCUGCAGUUCAAACCAGGCUAUGACGGCAAAACAUCCAUCUCAUGCUGGCUGGUAGAGGCUCAGAUCGGUGUUAUCGGAGAAAACGAGGAGUGGGUCAUGGUCCAUCAGUUGGCCAAUGAGCCUGAUGCACGAUCUCUUGAGGUCCAGGGCCUCAACCCCUACACGUACUACAGAUUUCGAAUGAGGCAGGUGAAUAUAGUAGGCACAAGCCCACCCAGCCAGCCAUCUAGGAAGAUCCAGACCCUACAGGCUCCUCCUGACAUCGCCCCAAACAUCACUCUCCGCACAGCCAGCGAGACCAGCCUGUGGCUCAGAUGGGUGCCGCUGCCAGAGUGGGAAUACAAUGGCAAUCCAGAGCUGGUGGGCUACAGGGUGCAGUACUCUCGUCUAGGCUCCAAGGCUGGGGUCCUGUCCCACAUCAUCCCAGACAGGCAGGAGAGGGAGUUUACCAUUGAGGACCUGGAAGAGUGGACAGAAUACGACGUCAAAGUGCAGGCGUUCAAUGGCAUCGGGCCAGGACCGUGGAGCCAACCAGUUCAUGGGAGAACCAGAGAGUCAGUCCCCUCAAGUGGCCCUGCAAAUGUUUCAGCUUUUGCUACCACCUCCAGCAGUGUCCUGGUCCGCUGGGGCGAAGUGCCAGAGACUGACCGCAAUGGACUAAUUCUGGGCUAUAAGGUGGUAUACAAGGAGAAGGAUGCAGAGUCAGCCCUGCGUUUUUGGACGGUAGAGGGAAAUACCACUUAUAGUGUCCAGCUCACUGGUCUUGGGAAGUACGUGCUUUAUGAGAUCCAGGUUCAAGCCUUCACCCGUAUAGGAGAUGGCAUGCCUAGUUCUCCACCCAUCUUUGAGCGCACGCUUGAUGACGUACCUGGGCCUCCAGUCGGGAUCCUUUUCCCUGAAGUCAGGACUUCCUCAGUGAGACUGAUCUGGCAACCCCCUGCCCAGCCAAAUGGCAUUAUCCUUGCAUAUCAGAUUGCUUUCCGGAAAAACUCUUCUAGUAUUACCUCUGCCAACGUUGAUGUUCUCAACCCAAGUGCACGACAGUAUACAGCGACUGGACUGAAACCAGAGAGUGUUUAUGUGUUCCGCCUCACGGCCCAAACUCGAAAGGGAUGGGGAGAAGCGGCAGAGGCACUGGUGGUCACUACAGAGAAGCGAGCACGCCCUCAGCCCGCAAGUCGUCCUGUUGUGCCUCAGGAAGAGGUCCAGGCCCGCAGUGUGCUGUUGUCAUGGGAACCAGGCAGCGAUGGUCUGUCUCCCAUCCGAUACUACACCGUCCAGUACAGAGAGCUGCCCGACAGCAAUUGGACCGUCCACUCGGCAUCGGUCAACCAUGAGGCCACAUCAUACGUCAUAGACAAGCUCAAGCCUUUCACUUCCUACCAGUUCAGAGUGAAAGCCACUAAUGAUAUUGGGGACAGCGAGUACAGCGAGGAGAGUGAGGCAAUCACCACUCUACAGGACGCACCCGACAAAGCUCCCACAAUCCUCUCUGUGACACCACACACCACCACAUCUGUGCUGGUCCGCUGGAAGCCACCCCCCGAGGAGGAGAUCAAUGGUAUUUUGCUUGGUUUUCGAGUACGCUACAGAGAACUGCGUUACGACCGCCUACGCAGCUUCACAGUGCGCACAGUUAAUAGCCCAUCUGCCAGCUGGGCCGAGCUCACAGCCCCCUACAGUGUGAGGAACCUGACCGAAUCCUCACUUACCCAAUACGAGCUGGACAAUCUGAAUAAACACAAGCGCUAUGAGAUCCGACUGAGCGUGUAUAACGCGGUAGGGGAGGGGCCCACCAGCUCGCCACAGGAAGUGUUCGUGGGAGAGGCGGUGCCCACCGCUGCACCUCAGAAUGUCGCUAUCCAGUCCUCAACAGCUACUCUGCUUGAUGUCGCAUGGGACCCUCCUCCAGUGGAGGCCCAGAAUGGGGAUAUUCAAGGCUAUAAGAUUUAUUAUUGGGAGUUUCAGCUGCAGAAUGAGACUGAGAGACUCCGCACUCUCUUUCUGCCGGAGCUGAGCGUGAAGCUGAAGAACUUGACUGGCUACACCACCUACAUGAUCAGCGUGGCUGCUUUCAACGCGGCAGGCGACGGCCCGCGCUCGCUGCCCACCAGAGGGCGCACUCAGCAAGCAGCUCCAAGCGCUCCCAGUUUUAUCCAUUUUAGUGAACUCACCACCACCUCGGUCAACAUGUCCUGGGGUGAGCCCAAGCAGCCCAAUGGCAUCGUGGAAGGAUACCGUGUGGUCUAUGAGCCCUGCACGCCUGUGGAUGGUGUCAGUAAGGUUGUCACUGUGGAUGUGAAGGGGAGUGCCCCCUUGUGGAUGAAAAUCAAGGAUCUGGCAGAUGGAGUGACCUACAACUUCCGCAUCCGUGCUAAAACCCUUACCUAUGGACCAGAGAUCGAAGCCAACAUCACCACUGGCCCUGGAGAAGGUGCUCCUGGGCCUCCAGGGGAGCCGUUUAUCUCUCGUUAUGGCUCUGCCCUGACUCUCCACUGGUCCAGCGGUGACCCGGGCCGUGCUCCCAUCACACGCUAUGUUAUCGAAGCAAGACCAUCUGAUGAAGGACUGUGGGAUAUUCUAAUCAAAGACAUCCCUAAAGAGGUGACAUCCUACACUCUUAACCUGGAUACCCUCAGAGAAGGGGUCACCUAUGAUUUCCGUGUAAUUGCGGUGAAUGACUAUGGCUACGGUUCUCCAAGUGCUCCUUCUCCUUCAAUAUCAGCCCAAAAGGUCUCCCCCUUUUAUGAGGAAUGGUGGUUUCUGGUGGUUAUUGCUCUCGUGGGCCUCAUUUUCAUCCUUCUGCUCAUCUUCAUCCUCAUCAUACGGGGGCAGAGCAAAAAAUACACCAAGAAAACAGACUCAGGUGCCCACUCGAAUUGCACAUCUCUGCCCCUCUCCCAUGGAGAGAUGGUACGGCUAGAUGAAGGACGCUUCCCUGCCCUGGAGCUCAACAACCGUCGACUCUCGGUCAAAAAUUCCUUCUGUCGUAAGAAUGGAAUCUACACCCGAUCUCCACCACGACCAAGUCCAGGCAGCCUGCACUAUUCUGAUGAAGAUGUCAGCAUCAAAUACAAUGACUUGGUCCCAGCCGAGAGCAGCAGCCUGACCGAAAAGCCUUCAGAAGUGUCUGACUCACAGGGCAGUGAUAGCGAAUACGAGUUGGAUCCAAACCGCCAGAAGACCCACUCCUUCGUCAACCACUACAUCAGUGACCCCACCUACUAUAAUUCCUGGCGCCGGCAGCAGAAGGGUGUCUCUCGGCCUCCGGCGUACGGCUAUGCCCAGCCCGACACGGUGGCGGAACAAGAGUCCCGACCCCACCCGCCCCCGCUGCCACCGUUACCACCUCUGCUACCCCACAGCAAUCCAUCUCCGCAGCCCCAGGGCCAGAGCACCCUGUUCAGGCCCAAGGGCAGCCGGACUCCCACCCCGUCACUGCUGACCUCUGACAACCACAGCCAGCACACCCUGUACAGGCCCCCUAGCAGCCUGGGCACCUCCGCCCAGGUCCCGGCCACAGGAUUCUCCUCAUUUGUUUGAUACAAGACUCUCAUUCCAAUGACAACACGCCUGGGAGGGACUCCUGCAGUAUUAUUGGUCUGUAAUUAGUAUUAUUUUUUUUUUUCCCACUGCACCUUGUUGGACAUCAAGAGCUGCUUUUGGAUUUCAUUUUGCCAGGUGUGCAGGUGUACUGUGGGUUUAUAUGUGUGUGCAAGAGCAUCAAAACGCAGACAAUCAUUCUGAAGGGAAUCAUUUGUUGAUUGUACAUUUUAAAAUACAUUAACUUCAUCCUUCACUGAAAAAUAAAUUUUGUGUGCAAAAUAUAUUUAAAAAAAAAACGACAAAUACGACAUGACUGCACAUAUAGUGGAGUCCAAAAGUUUGAGACCAUCUAGAGUUUUCUUUUUUCUUUUUAAUUUUUCAAGAUUCAUAUAAGUUUUAGUAUUUUGAAAUAUUUAAGACAAAGAAAAGACAGCGCUAAUGGUCUCAUACUGUUGGACCCCAUUGUAAAUGAUUAAACAAAGUGCAUUUCACAUAAUGCUGCAGAUUUCCACAGCUCAUCUCUAUCAUUCUGUUUAUGUGAUAUUGCUCUGAUGUCAUUCACGCAGAAACCAAUGACAGAAUAUUUAUAAAAAGCAAAAUAUUGCAAAACUGUGAUUUUAGUAGUGUCAGUCUCUUGAAACUGAAAAAAGAGAGAAUUUUCAACUCCUUAGACAACAAACUUUCUCACACUUGAAAUAAUUAACCAUAACCUGGGUCAUAUGUUUCACAUUUCACAUUGUUCAUAAUUUACCCUGGGUUAAAAAUGAAUCCUAGGUAUUCAUAAACUGACAUUUCUGACAUUUAUGAAGGUAAGAAUAAAACAAUCUCUCAUCACUUUUUUUCUGUCACCUUUUGACAUUUUCUUCUCAAACGUUGAAAUGACUGUUUAUAUAGCUCACAGUCCAAAAAGCAUGUGAAUAUGAGACAUACGAUCAGGUUUUAGUUGCCAACAUUCUAAUGCAGCAACUUUACAAGUUUGACACCCUAAUGCAGAGUUAACGGCACAAAAUUAGGGUUUCAUAAUCUUGAGUAAAAAUAGUUGCUAACUCUGCUUCAAAAUUACAACGUACCUUCACAUGGGAUUAAAAGGGGUGUUCAGAAUGAUGAUAACCAGGGGUGACGCGCAGUGUGAAAAGCCAUUUUGAGGAGAAAAAAAAAGUAUGGAAUUUCUGUAGGAUUUGCUUAUGUCCAGCCAAGGAGAAGCUGCAAAGGUUAAGGCAUGUGUCAUUAUUUUCAUCCUAUGUUGAUACAUUUGGAAUGGAAAUUUGACUCAUAAUGUGACUAAAUGCAUUUUAUUCUACAUGAUUUAUCAUCAGUAUUGGGUCAAUGUUUUUGUACAGUUUGUUGAGGAUCACCACCCAUUAGUCGGUGCUACCAUCAUCAAACUUCAGUUUCCAAACCCAUGGACAAAAAGAAAGGGUUAUGGCACUUUUCGUGAAAAAACACCCUAUUCCCAAGAUAUAAUUAAAUAAUGCAAAAUAUAUUGAAGUAUUAAUCAUGCAUUUGCAUUAAGCAAAGUGUAACAACUGUGAAUUUGUGCCAAUGUCAGUCUCUGGGAGAGUUUUUCUGCUUCUUAAACCAACUGAACACUGAGGAGAAGGAAAGGAAACAAUUUUUAUAGCGAUUUGGAAUUUCAAUACAAGGCCACUUGCAUUUACGUUAGCAAAUGAUGUCUCAUCUGUGAUGUCUUCGAGGAUAUAAUAAUGCAUUUGGAAAAAGAAAAGAAAAUAAUGAGUAUCUUAAAGGUAUAGUUCACCCAAAAAUGAAAAUUUUGUCAUUUACAAGUUCAAACCUGCAUGAGUUUCAUUCUUCUGUUGAACACAAAAGAAGAUAUUCUGAAGAAUGUUGGUAACCACAUUGGACGAUAGCCAGUGACUUCCAUAGUAUUUUUUUCAAUGGCUACCGUCAACUGUUUGUUCACCAACAUUCUUCAGAAUAUCUUCUUUUGUGUUCAACAAAUGAUGACAGAAUUUGCAAUUUUGGGUGAACUAUCCCUUAAAUAAUACUCGUGCGAUCAAGAAUGAUCACUCAAAAUGUCUGUGUACAUGCAAAUCUGUUUGCAGCAGUGUAAAGAUACUGUGUGGGUCAAUAUCUUCCAUCUCCAUCAUUAGCAUACGAGCUUCAUGGACAGGUGAUGUCACACUGUGUCAGUUGAUUUUAUACAGACGAAUCGCAAACGUCAUUGAGUUCGGGAUCUGUCGCUCAGAGACUGAUAAAAAUGUCUGCUCUUACAAAUGACAUUGUAUGUAUUUCUCUGAAUAUAUUGUAGAAUGUGUUUUUACGGUUCACAGUUUGACAUAGUGUGCACAUACAGUAUGCUUACGUGUAUGUCAGCAAAUAUGCUUAAUUUAUUUAUAAUCGAUUGGUUUUAUACUCUAACUUAAGAAGAACAGCAGCAGUCUUAUGUGGAAACUAUUUUAAAGGACUUGAAAAUUACGAUGAUCAUGAUUCACAAUAUCUCCUGUCUUGUUCUCUGUGAGGUGACUAUCACUGUACAAAACUUGAUGAAUUAUACUGAA